CAUACUCUCAAUAGCGCAGAAGUCGACGGAGCCAAAACUUUUUGAAUCAAUCACAUCUUCAGAAAGCUGCUGUAAUCGCUGAAGUGGAAACUAACGUGGUUGGCCAGCUCCAUCGGAUAACUAGCCCAGCUAUAGAGUUGGAGAAUGCGCACGAUAGUAACCAUAGUAACACGCUACGUGCGAAUUGGAAGAUUUUGGGGGGCAAUGAGUUUUUACGACCCAAAACACUCUGAACGCGUCGUCAACAGGAAAAAAAAAGAAGGGGAGAAGAAAAAAAACAAUUCGUUAUCUGGUCUCAUAAACAUCCUUUUUGGCGCCAGGACCGAUAUCGGGAAUUAAAAAGGGGAACAAAUUCGAAUAAUCAAGAGGAUGCAGGAAUGCAGUCGGCUACGAGAGUGUGACGUAAUUUCGGUCGUGGAAUCCAUUUCAAAUGUUGUAAACGAAACCGUGAGAGUGCAUGCGUCAGCGUGUUGUUUUUUUAAACUCGUUUCUUUCUCUUCUCUCGCCGUCAUUCCCGAUCUGAGAACCCAAUCCUUGUGUACAUAUUUUUGGCCGAUCUCGUUUCACUCUGCCUGUUCGAUUCCAAAAGUCCACUUUCAGUUACACACGCACACAAUCAAGUUCUCGAGCUUCAGUUCGGGAGAUUUCCAAUUGCUUUUCUGGGCUUGUAGCUGCCGUCAUCGUUGAGGGUUCCGGUUUAGUAAUGGAGCGUGAUUGAGUGCUUCCUCUCUUGAUUUUUUGGGCUCAAUUAGAAGAGCCGUUGCAUCCGGACCGAAGAGAAAAAUACAUACCGUAAAAGAUGAUGGCUAAAAUGAAAUAUUCCGAAAUACCACGCGAUUUGUCUUCAGACAGUAUCGCCGCCUACAGACUCGCCCAGGGAUCGCCUGAUCGAGACAAAUGGAAAAGAAACUCGAGUGAGGGUCGAGGUAGUCCGGAAUCGGGAACUUCAUCCAGUGAUUCUCCACCCGUCCGACUCUUUCACCAACAGCUGUCGUCACGUCGAUCCACUUCAGCAUUUCGCUCGCACUGCCUGGGCUCCCGGAAGGAGUCGCCCGAGCCGCCCGACGAAGUGGACGGCAACGGGGACGCUUUUGUCCGUGCGGGAUCGAGUCAUCGUCAGUGCGAAAUGGAUCAGCAGCACCGACGUUCUAGUCGACGCGGAGCCAGCCCCGCCCAACCAACUCCUUAUAUGUUACACCAUUCACUGCCUCGCUCGGCCGGAGCCAAAUCGAGCAGCUUGCCGGCCAGUGCUCGGUCCGGUCUAUCGGCCAUGCUGUGCGUCGAUGGCUCAGCGAUGGAACGCCAUGCCGACUGCCCCGUGCAGUCCAUCGUCAAUGUGAGCGCGGAAAGCGUGGCUGCCCAAUUGACCCUGCUGGUCGUUCCCAUCUUUCAAAACAUCCAGCCGGAGGAGUUGACAUCUUGCGGCUGGUGCAAGAGCAACAAACUGGAACUGGCGCCCAAUGUUGUGGCCAUGACGCGCCAUUUUAAUCACGUCAGUUUCUGGACCGUCCAGGAGAUACUCAACGAAGCGAGCGUGAGGCCGCGCGCGGAAGUCGUCUCGCAUUUCAUCCGCAUCGCCAAAAAGCUGCACGAACUCAACAACCUGCACACGCUGAUGGCCGUCGUCAGCGCCCUGCGCAGCGCCCCCAUCUACCGCCUGCAGAAAACGUGGGCCGCCGUCACCAAGAAAGACGUCCAGUUGCUGGAACGAUUGGCCGACUUGUUUUCGGAUCACAACAACUCUGAGAAGCUGCGGCAACACAUGGAUUCGCUCAAGCUGCCUUGCGUUCCGUAUUUGGGCCUUUUCCUGUCCGACGUCAACUUUAUCGACGUGGCGCACCCGCACCACGGCGGCCUUGAAUCGCAACGACGACAGUUGCAGAUGAACAACUUGCUACGAAUCUUGGCCAACUACCAACAGUCGGAUUACUCUUUCCUGCCUGUCAAGAAUCACGUGAUGGAGUACCUGCGCUCAGCCAAAUACAUAGAAGAAUUGCAAAAACUCCUCGAAGACGACCAAUAUAAGUUGUCGCUGAAGUUGGAGCCUUCCACGCCGCCGAGCUCGACGGGGUCCAAAGAAUCCUUUUACGACGUCAAAUCGGCCAUGGGCCAAUUGAACGUGUCGCCCAGGAAGGCGGCUUCGGUUCGUAAACCGGCAGUGACAUCUGACGGCUCUGGCCACGGCGUCAAGUUUGUGCCCGGCCAUACGAAAUCCAGGAGCUUGGGUACAAAAUUGAGGAGCGCCAGCUUACCCCGAAGUGCGUAUCGUCAGCCCUUUACGGCAGCGUCGGGCGAUUCUUCCAUAUUCCGGAAUGGAUCCAAUCACGCGCCGUCGUACCUCAAAGAGAACGAGGCUGGCAGCGGCGUCUGGCGGCAUUCGCUGGCCAACCAUGGCUUCGAUUCGACGCUUCGCAAUCUGAUUGACGACAGUGUCCAGGAAGAAUCGACGACGACGACCACCACAUCGUCUUGUGCGAUGAACUCGUCACCACGUCAGUCACUCCACGGCGAGCUUGAUCCUUCCGCUCCCCACAACAACGACAACCAUUCCGCUCAAGGGUCGGAUCACUCUCUUAGUGGAUUGGAUUCGCCUUUGCCACCUCCGCCCAUCCGCUGCUGUUGCAUUCAGGGAUGCGUCCGCAAAAAAGCUGUUUUGAAAGAUGGUCGGCGUCCGGCCGUCAGUGCAUGGCAGAGGUAUUGGAUACAGCUCUCUGGUUCCAACCUUCUUUUUUAUCAACCUAAACACCUCCGAGGAUCCGACCGAUCGGAUUUUCGACGACGCCCCUUUAAAGCCGUUUCCAUCACCGGCUGGUCAGUGGAGCGGCACCACAGUCCUCGCCAUCCGGACUCUGUUUUAUUGAAAAACACUCAAAAGGGUGACGCCUACAAACUUCGUAUCGUCUGUCCGGACGCCAUUGAAGAUUGGCUCAAUUUGUUGACGUUGGCCAUUGAAACGCCAGCUGAGAGUUCAGACGACGCAGAGAAUCUCAUGUCAUUUGAAUGAGCCUUCGUCCGUCCUCGACUCGACAGCUGCCCACAGCUGCCGUACCGGAUAAGAGUAUAGAACAUUUAAAUGCCCAGUUGGUGUUCUCCUCGCCUUGGUCGUUGGUCAUCGUGAAACACAAGAUGAUACUCAAUGCUGGGAUAAGAUAAGUAACGGGUGGGAAAUGAUUAUCGACAAUUUUGGACCUUUGCCCAGAAUUCUCCGUCACGGAAGAAAACUCCUCACUCUUAUUUGCCAUCCCGUCAGUUCCUUCACAGAUGAGUGACUGACCUUUUUUGGAUGUGUGUAUGUGUGUGUGUGUGUAUUUUUUCUCGUCAUCAAUUAUGUAAUUCUCAUAAUCCCACAUGUAUAGGUAACAUUUUUUUUUCUUUUGGCUCACUCCUAUCACACAGCUGCUUUCGUUUUUUUGUGUGUGUAGUAAAAAAAAGGAAGAAAAAUAAUCCAGCCUUCUGCCCGGCACGCCUCCUCUUUCCUACUCGUCGUCUUAUAUUUGAAGCUCAAUCGAUUCCUCUUUAAGAUGAUUGCUGUUACUAUAAUUUUGUCCUUGUUAAAGUCACACGCGCUCUCGACGUGUGAGCGGAAUCUCUCGUUAUUGGAUCAACGUGCUCUCCCCCCCCCCCCCUCUUCCGUUCACGACACCGCAGGCAUCACCGAAUUAACACGGAAGCAGCACGGAUGUGGUGUUGCCUUUUCUAAAAAAACAUGUUCUGGCAUUCGUUGUGUUUUUCCCCUCGGCUUCAUCGACAUGUGUUCCCUUAUUCUUGCCCCCUUCAUUUUCUGUUUGCUCCUCUACGUUCUAGUCUGUCUUGGAUUUAAGGAGAAUGACAGGACAACCCGUUUGUGUCCUUGUCUACCAUCAUCAGGAAAAAUAAUUGAAAUUAGGAAUCUGAAGGAGCAAUUCAAAAAAGUAGCAUCCGAAAUCUUGUUGUUCUCGAUUUUGCGAAUACAUGAAAUAAUUCUCUUUCACGUAA